UGGCGUCGAGAUCUGCCCGAUUGAUGCAUCCACGUUCCAAAGGUCAUCCGAUAAUUCCUGCUCCUCCAAUAGUUUGAUUCGAGAUUUCAAGAACUUCAGCAGGAGCGGUGCUCCGUCUAGGUUCCUCUUCUUCCGGGACGGUUCAUGGACCGAUUUCCCUCGCCACGUGUUCGACAUAUUGACGCCUGGUUUCAUCGCCGGAAAGGCCAUUUUAGAUGCUUCCAUUGGUUAUCGUACGUAUAUUUUUGACUUCCUGCGGUUGAUCCAGAUUGAUGCGGCGACGGGAGUUUCGAAUUCCAUUGCCUGGAUUGAUGUUAAUGGGCGAUGCUUUUUUCCAAGAAUGGUUCUUGAUGGGCAGAGGAAUAUUGCACCCUGUAGGAAGCUAGAGAUCGAAAUAAGAAUCGACAGGGGCUCUUCGAUAACGCCGUCAUCAGAUUGUAAUAAACUUCUUAAAAGGAAAAGGGAUGAAUUGGAGCCGCCAAUCAGAGAGUACUCCGAUGAAAGUCCUGAGACCUCCUCGACGGCGAGUUUAGGGAGGCCAAGAUGGCCAGGAGUAGUCGUGGUGGGAGAUGGUGAUAGAUAUUGCAAGCUUGUGGAAAAGUUGUUUCUCGAUGGAAUGAGGAGAUUUGCUCCGGACACGGUCAUCACUUCCAUCCACAAAUGCUCGCAUUCCAGCCGCUCGGGGAAUUCGAGAUUGAAAGCUUUUCAGACGUGGAUACAGAUGACAAAGGCCAAUCGGGGCGACGGCGGUGUGAAAUUUGGGUGGUAUGCAACGUCGGCAAGGGACGUGGCUGCCGUCGUCUCUCACGGUUUCGGACGGCCCAACGGCCAACUGUUUGGUUCUGGUGCUUAUGGUGUUGGCAUCCACCUCUCUCCACCACAUUCUCCAUACGCAAGCUCUUUGCUGGCUGAGGAGGAUGGUAAUGGUGAGAGGCAUAUCAUACUAUGCCGGGCGAUCAUGGGAAAAUCUGAGAAAGUUGAGGCAGGCUCCCUCCAGUUCCAUCCUAGCAGUGAGGAGUUUGACAGCGGUGUGGAUGAUCUUGCGAAUCCGAAAUGGUAUAUUGUGUGGAGUACGCACAUGAAUUCUCACAUACUUCCUGAGUAUGUUGUGAGUUUCAAAUCUUCAAUGCAUUCUCAAGAUCCACAUACAAUGAUGAGUCCAUCAAAGAAACCUUGCUUGACAAGUCUGUCCUUCCCAAAACUAUUUGCAGAGAUGGGAGGAUCUCUUCCAUCCUCAAGAAAACAAAACUUGGAGAUCUUAUAUAAUCACUACAAGGCAGGAAAGAUAAGAAGAGACACCUUUAUUAAACAACUGAGGUCUACUGUUGGUGACAAGACACUGGCUUCCACAAUCAGAAGGCUUCGAGGAAACUAAAAUUGUGAGUCAGUCUUGCUCUGUGUUUUUCAGAGCAAAAACUGAAAUUGUGGAAUUUUGUUUGUGAUUCUCACUGUAAUGAAAUACCAUAUAGAAGAAAAGUAAAUUAGAUUUUUAAU